AUGCAAGAAUUUGCUAAGGAAAUGGGCUUCAAAUUGUUAACUUUUACGCCAUAUUAUGCUCAGACUAAUGGUCAGGUCGAAAUAGCUACUAAGGUGAUUAUUGGUUUGAUUAAGAAACAUGUGGGGAAGAAGCCUAUAAAUUUGCACAAAACUUUAGAUCAGAUUUUGUGGGCAUGUCGUACCUCUCCCAAGGAAGCCACAAAUUCAACCCCUUUUCGAAUGACCUUUGGUCAUGAUGUAGUUCUACUAGUAGAAAUUUACCUACAAUCUAUAAGUAUUCAGAGGCAUCAUGAAAUUCCAUCAGAGUCAUAUUGUAACAUGAUGUUGGAUGAGCUAAUCGAUCUAGAUGAAGAGAGACUAAAUGCUUUGGAGUUAUUAAAAUAG